AUGCCAGGAGCUGAGCUGUUCCAGGCCACGAUCGUGAAGGCGGUGAGAGCCCGACUGGAAGAGGAGCGCAAGUCUGUGGAGCAGCUGAAACGACAGAUGGAGCGCAUUAAAAUCCGGCAGCAGAAGUUUAAACGAGGGAAGGAGAAGAUGCUGAGUAUCGCCCAGGAGUCGGGGGAAGGGCCCCACCUGGUGCCGCCCGACGAAGACGACGACGACGACGACAGAGCACAGCGAGCGAAAACCAAGACCAAAAAAAAGCAGUGGUGGAGGCCGUGGGUUGACCAUGCGUCCAUGGUGAGAAGCGGCGACUAUUAUUUAUUUGAGACGGACAGCGAAGAGGAGGAAGAGGAGGAGGAGAAAAAGGACGACGAUCCGCCCAAAAAGUCGGCUUUCCAGUUCCUGUACCACGCCUGGAUCACUGACCCGAAAGCUGCACUUAAGGCUCGCAGCAGAGAGAAGCGAAAAUUCUGGAAAAAGUACACGAAAGGAGUGCGGACCAGGAAAGCCAAGAGAGAGCCGGGUCACGUGACCAUAGACCUGGGAGACCUCCUGAAUAAUCCACAGUCGGGUGAUGAGAGUAAAGAAACCGAAGGACCAGACAACAUCCUGAAGCGGGUCUUUAACAUCCUGAAGUUCACCUGGGUCCUGUUCCAGACCACAGUGGACAGUUUCACUCGCUGGAUGAACGAGAUGUGUCGAGAAUACAUCGACAUCUCCACCGUGCUCAAGAUCGAGCGAUGUAUGCUAACGAGGGAGGUCAAGAAGGGAAACGUCCCGACCAGAGAGAGCAUCCACGUGUACUACGAGAAGGCCAGAAGGCAGAACCUGUCCCGAGAGUCCAGUCUGGACCAGCUGAGCGAGGACGAGUCCACGUCCGGAUCGGGACGAGUCCGCAGGAGACGUGGGGGCUUCCGGAUGCAGAGCCAGGACUCCACAGCCUCCAGAGACUCCAUGUCCAGGUACUACGACAACUACGCCGGCUACAGCAGCUAG